GUGGACGCGAUUCCACCGAGAGCCGAAGAUGGCAGUGAAUGUAUACUCGACAUCAGUCACCAGUGAUAACCUAAGUCGACAUGACAUGCUGGCCUGGAUCAAUGAGUCUCUGCAGUUGAAUCUGACAAAGAUUGAACAGUUGUGCUCAGGAGCUGCCUAUUGUCAGUUUAUGGACAUGCUAUUCCCUGGCUCCAUUGCCUUGAAGAAAGUAAAAUUCCAAGCUAAGCUAGAACACGAAUAUAUCCAGAACUUCAAAAUACUACAAGCAGGUUUUAAGAGAAUGGGUGUUGACAAAAUAAUUCCUGUGGAUAAAUUAGUAAAAGGAAAGUUUCAGGAUAAUUUUUGAGUUCGCGUACAGUGGUUCAAGAAGUUUUUUGAUGCAAACUAUGAUGGAAAAGACUAUGACCCUGUAGCUGCCAGACAAGGUCAAGAAACUGCAGUGGCUCCCUCCCUUGUUGCUCCAGCUCUGAAUAAACCGAAGAAACCUCUCGGCUCUAGCAGUGCAGCUCCACCAAGGCCCAUUUCGACACAGAGAACUACUGCAACUCCUAAGGCUGGCCCUGGGGUAGUGCGAAAGAAUCCUGGUGUAGGCAAUGGGGAUGAUGAAGCAGCCGAAUUAAUGCAGCAGGUCAAAGUAUUGAAACUUACUGUCGAAGACUUGGAGAAAGAGAGAGAUUUCUACUUUGGCAAGCUAAGGAACAUUGAACUGAUUUGCCAGGAGAAUGAGGGGGAAAACGACCCUGUGUUGCAGAGGAUUGUAGACAUUCUGUAUGCCACAGAUGAAGGCUUUGUGAUACCUGAUGAAGGGGGCCCGCAGGAAGAGCAGGAAGAGUAUUAACAGUUUGGACCAGCAGAGCAACAUCUGAAUUCUUCACUCCAAAUCAUGUGCUUAACUGUAAAAUACUCCCUUUUAUUAUUCUUAGAGGAUUCACUGGUUUUCUUUUCAUAAGCAAAAAGUACCUCUUCUUAAAAGUGCACUUUGCAGAAGUUUCACUCCUUUUCUGAUAAGUUUGAGUUAGGAGCUUUUACCUUGUAGCAGAGCAGUAUUAACAUCUAGUUGGUUCACCUGGGGAACAAAGAGGCUGACCAUGGGGCUCACUGUGUGGAUGCUGGUCACACUGAUUGCUGGAGAAGGUGUUUGGUAUAACACACUGAGGUGGUGACCUCAGUUGAGAAAUGUAAAGACUGAAUUGAAUUUCAAGCUAAUGUGAAAUCUUGGCAGAGAACAUUUUAAUAAAUAAAUGCCUUAAGAGUAUUUAAAAUAUGCUUCCAUGUUUCAAAAUAGAAAAUGUAACAUGACAGAAGAUGUUAUGUGUCUGACAUUGUGUCUGGGAAGGAAGGGCCAGAACUUUGGGAAUCUGCUGUCUUAGGCCUUGCAGGACUGCUUAAAUCCUCACAGGCCUAGUCUUUGGCCCAAAAGGAAAGUUUAAAAAGUAAAAUGCGUCUGUAAAGCCAUUUGGUGUCAUUGACCAGUUGCUUCCCUGCUAAAAGCAAGUGAUGUGGUUGCCUGGGUGCAUUUCAGCCUUGAGAUGUUUUGAGGUGAAGAACUCAGUUUUCACUGAGCGGUCCUCUGAUGAUUUUUUCAAUUAACCCCGAAAUUUCUAUGUAUUGUGUUUUUUGGGAAAUGGGAUCAGUCCAGUUUUUUAAUCUAACAACUACUUUUGGGGAAUUUCCCACAUCUCUGGGAUUCAUAUGGGAGCUGUGUCCCAUUGUCUUUUAAGUUUACAUUUAACAUUCUCUCCUCUGCUCCCCUUGCCUGCAGGGGGCUCCUUUUUGGCUCCUUAAUUAAGUUUGCUGCUUAGUGUUGAAGUACAGCGGCAGGUGAUCAGGCUGCAAGCUCUUGCUGGGCCUCUGCAAAGGGAGUGAUCGGUGAAGGCCAUCGUUACCUUGGGAUCUAUCUGCAAGGCUGGGGUGUUUCUGGAUCUGCUGUUCACAGCUUUCCACUGUUACCCGAAUACGUUGCCAGUGCACUAAUCUCUUUGGAGAUAAAAUUCACUAGUGUGUUACUAAGUGUUCAUUUUUUUCUUUUUUUGCAGAAAAUACAGUACCAUGUUUGAAUUAAUUAUUAAUAUUUAAAAGACUUCAUUCCUUAACCCUCCCUCCUUUGCUUUGCCCACAGCCUAGUCAGUCCCUUUGUUUGGCAGAAUUCUGCAAAAUGUAUUUUACCCACUACUGAUUGUUCAGCCCCUAAUGUGUUUGUAUUGAUUUGUUUCUGGUGGUAGCUUGUCCUAAAAUGUGUGUAGAAAACAGGUAUUUUAUGAUAAAAUUGUUGUGUAGUGCAUGCUUUGUGUGGAAUUCAGAGGAAAACCCAGAUUCAUUGAUUAACAAUGCCAAAAAAUGCAAGUAACUAGCCAUUGUUCAAAUGACAGUGGUGCUAUUUCUCUUUUGUGGCCUUUUAGACUUUUGUUGCCCUAAAAUUCCAUUUUAUUGGGAACCCAUUUUCCACCUGGUCUUUCCUGACAGGGUUUUUUUCUACUUUAAACAGUUUCUAAAUAAAAUUCUGUAUUUCAAGAGUGUAUGUCUUCUGGAAUUUGUCUUACCCUGGUAUAAGCUUUUAGGUUACAGUGAUAAAGUACCUAUGCUUCUUAAAUUAGGAAUGAUCUUUUCAAAUUCCUUGCUGUUUUUUUCAGAUGUGUUUAUUUCUAAGCCUGUUUUCUUUUUUCUUCAUUCACAUGACACUUCUCAGCCUCCUGCUGUUGUAAAUUUUCAUUACUAUGAGUUUUUCCUCUCAGAAGCCCAAUGUUUGGCCUAGCUCCUGUGAAGUCUUCAUGCUAUUUACUCUUGAGAGGUACAGCAGGACAGUGCUUGGCUGAUGACCAUGCUUGGCAGAGAUGUUUUGUUUUUCUGAAAGUAUGUUUCAAAGAUACUUAGCACAAUCUCAACCUAUGAAAUAAUCUAGAGCUGUCACCAUUUUUCUUCCUUUAUAAAGUCCUAUCUUUAGAAAUGAGUUCAAAAGAUGACUCCUUGCCAUUUUCAGUAUGAAAUAUAGUUUAAUGGGUAGAAAACAGUUAUUUAUAUGCUCUUUAGAUACCUAUCAUAAUUGUGGGUGCUCUGAAAACCCAACUUCAUGAUUUUAGGGUUGCCCUUACAUUUUCUCUGGAAGUUAAUAGUAUGAUACCUUCCUUAAAAUGUUAUACACCUUCAGAAGGAAUUUAAUACUGUGUAUUCAUAAUCUGCAAGAAGAUAUCUCCAGGAGUAAAUGGAGUUUGUGAAGACGCUGUUGGCUGAGAAGUUACUUCUUGGUAAGGAAUGAAGCUGAUGCCAUGUGCCUGUGAUCUCAGCACAUUGAUCUGGCUCUUUAGGCUGAGGCACAUAAAAUCUUGAUGUGACUGGUUUGUGUUAGCUCACUAGCUCAUUUAGUAAACUUAAAUAAGCUACAUGUUGGCUUGGCAAGUUCUGUGUUACAUGGAGGAUAAACAAAGGGUUCUCUGCGUAGAUUUGGAUUCAGUCCUCUGACUGGUCUCAAACUGAUGGGCUUCAAGUCACCUGGGGAGUGAGUUUGGCAUAACGUUUGUAAAUUCCAUUCCCAAAGAUUCUGAGUUAGGAGAUUAAAAAUCUGCAUUUUAAUAUGUAUCUCAGGUGGACUGUACUUGGUCUCUGCCUAGAUGUCUGCAACUUCAGAGUCUUAAUUCUGCAUAGAGAACAUCAGAUUUGAGCCCUCCUAGCUUUGUGAGUUUUAAGCUUAAUUGACCUCUUUUUCCUGUCUGCAAAACAAGGAUGAUGGUAUUUGGUAAAGUGCCUCUCUCCCUGGGUAUAUGUUUGGGCUCACAGUGAGCUAGUGGAUGAGGAAACAACCACAGUGUUAGAAGGUCUGAGCAGACAAGAGGCAUUAUUUAUGGCCUGUGUUCUUCAAAUCCAGCCUAAAUUGUGUUUAGAGAUUAGAAAAAGCUGAGAACAAGAUUUUUGUAUCCUGAGAAUUCUAUAAAAUGAGUAACAAAGUUCUUCUAAUGUUUCUUUUUCAGCUUGGAGGUAUUGAUAAGUCAAGCUCCUUUCUGUCUUCAGACUGAUUUUCCUCCUGUUUUUCCCCAAUUGGAAUCAAGGUCUAAGCAGACAUUUCAUCAUUAUCUUUUAAAUGAAGAUUCAGUGACUCAGAUUCAUUGU